AUGUCUCGGGAUACGUGGAACUCAGGAACAAGUUAUGGACUGAUGAUAUACAAAUUGAUUAUGUGGCCUUUAGGUCUUUGGCCAUUAAAUCGGGGUAGUGUCUUUUCCGAAAUUCGUCUUAUUUUAGCAGCGAUAACGCAAGCUUCAACGUGUAUUUGUCUUCAUAUAGAAAUUUGGUUAAAUUGUCAAGGUCUUGAAGACAUUUUGGACAUUUUUGUUCUCAGUGUUUUCUCUCUUCUAGCUUGCAUAAAAGGAUUAAUCGUACGUUUUCAUCAAGAAAAAAUGUACUGCAAUGUAUCAUCAGCUAUUGAAGACUGGUUCACACUGCCAUUGAACAAUAACCUAGAAAAUCGUAAGAUUAUGAUGAAGCAUGCACGCAUUGGUCGAAUAGUAUGUAUAUCUUUGAUGGCUCCUGCGUCCGGCGGCACACUUUCAUGGAUAAUAUUUGCAUUGCCACUUCCGAUGUUUAUUCCUGAAAAUUACACUGAUGUUUUCAGAAAUUACCCUUUACAAACAGCAUGUACUUUUCAGUCCAUAACGUUAACAGGAUUUUACCAUAUUGUUUUUGUUGUUCAAAUCUACCAAUUGAUCACUACGUGCUUGGGAAAUUGUGGAAAUGAUGUGUUCUUUUUCGGACUAGGAAUGCACGUUUGUGGACAAUUAGAGAUACUUAAAAACGAAUUCCGUCGAUUAAAAACAACGAAUAAUAAAAUAGAAGAUCGAAAAAUAUUUCAAAAUUUGGUUCAAAGACAUUCUCAUCUUAUGAACUUAAUUUAUAAAUUAGAAAGUUCGUUUAACUUGGUUAUUCUAGCUCAACUCAUUAUGAGUGGUAUCUUGAUCUGCAUUAUGGGUUUACAAGUUAUUAUAGCUCUGAAAACGAAAAACUUAUUUGCUGGAAUUAAAGCUCUUGUAGUAUUGUCAUCAUUGAUGUCUCAGUUAUUUUUAUAUAGUUAUGGAGGAGACUAUUUAACAUCUCAAUGUGAAGAUAUAGCUUUUGCAGUAUAUGAAAGUCCAUGGCACAAAAGUUCUACAAAAAAAAUUAAAGACCUUCAAUUCAUAAUUCUUCGAGCAGAAAAAUUAAUUUAUGUUACAGCUGGAAAAUUUUUUUGUAUGACUUUAGGAACUUUUAUGGAUAUUAUAAAACUAUCAGUAUCUUACAUGUCUGUUUUAAGAGUUGCAGUAGAUGUG